AUGUGUCUCUUUACGUUUGUCGGUAAUCCAACCUCCGUCAUCUUGGCCAAGGAAACACCACAGAUUCGUCAUUUCAAGAUCGGACCGUUGACUGGGCGAUUCAACUCGGAGUUAUACCUACAUCCCAAUGCCAUACGCAUUGCUUCCGACAUUGGGAUGUUCGACCAUGGUCUCGGGAAUCUUGAUCUCCCGAACGUCCCCUUUCAGCUGGGUGAAACAUUUGACCUCAUCCAUAUACGUGGCCUUGUCGGCAUUCGCAGGGCAUUCGACAACUGGGAAUUCAUCUAUGAACAAGCAUUCGAACAACUUUCACUGAGGGGUCCAUUCACAGACACAGAUCCUGAGGGCGGCACUGUGACAUACCCUAAUUCUGACGCGUAUGUCGGGAUUUUCUCGUCCGUUUUACACUCUAUCGCCGAAGAGGCUGGAUACCUGCACGAUCUGAGCCACCUGCAACCCGGUGUGCUUCGUGCGGCAGGAUCCUCGUCAAAAGACGUUAGGCGAAAUGGUCCUGAUCGCUGCCUUGGAAAAGCCGGAAUAUUAUACCCUGUGGAGCUCUUGAUGAUUAGAAGUCUCUGA